AUUCAUGUCACAAUGUUCACAAUGCCAGCAACGCCUGACCUGUGGUAAACUGAGCAUGUCGCCAUAAAAUACAAGUGAAAAUUAUUUUAGGAAGAGAACAAGAAAGGCAGGUUGGUGUAUGCUGUACAUUCUUUUUUUGUAGCUUGUGUAACUGUGCUUCACGCUCGAGGUAGCUAAAUGUUUUUUUUCCGCUGCAAAGACAGGUAAGAAUUGCGCGAAGUUGCUAGCUAGCCAAACGAUUGCUUAACGUUAGCUAACUUUCAAGGUGAGUUCGAGGGUCCUUGCAGUCAGCCAGAUGCCCCCCCCACAGUUAGCUAACCAAACAAUGAUUCACUAUUAGAUGGAUAUAUAACUUCGCUAUCUAUUCAUCUAUACUUUUGUUAGGAAACACAAUUGAGUUGUAACGUUUGUUAGCCAAGUUAUUUGAACGCGGAACUAGCUAUCAUUUUGGUUUAGUUAACUAACGUAACGUAACGUUACUAACGUCGUUAGCCAUCUCCAAACAUAGCUACCUAGUUAGCCUGUUUUAGCCCCGUCAUGUGGUACGUUAACUUGGUACACGUUCGUUGAGUAGUACUAGCUAGUUAGCAUUAGCUAGUUAGCAUUAGCUAGUUAGCAUUAGCUAGUUAGCAUUAGCUAGUUGGCUAGUUUGUUGAUAUAACUUAGGUAGCUAGAUCAUUUAAUGUUAUCUAACUAGUUAACAUUUAGUGUGUAUUGUCACUGGACUAAAUCUGUAUGAUUUAGUUUGGUUGUUUCAGACUUCCCAAAAUGUCAGAUUCAGACUCCGGUCCAGAGUUUGUGGACUGCGACAUCAGACACGGGGCGAAACUUGUGAGUAACAAGGAUGGUUGACUGUCAUUUGAAAUAGUGAAGUAAUUUAGGGCAGGAGAGCUUACUAGAUACAUUUGAAAAUAGACAAUGUAAUAAAUAUAAUGUAGCAGUACGUCAUUAUAUUAUUAACAUCGUUUUCUUCACCAGAUCUAUGACAUAGACAGUCCCUUUGUAGCCCUACAACCUCCAGGUAAGAAGUAGAACAUCUGCUAAACAUGUGUAUGUGACCAAUACGAUUUGAUUUUGAGAACACUAACUAGUUCCUUACACAUAAAUACCUAGCUAGCUAGUACUGACACACACUCACUGUGGUUGGAAAUGGGUAUUGGGAGUGGACAGGAGUGAUCCAGACCCUCCACUAUCAGAGAGUACAAACAUAUUUUCAAGGUGGAGGUUGAUGUGUGAUUGAAGAUUAAAUGGAAAAAAUAACUUAAAUUUUCAUUUGUAAACACAUUCUGUGUUUUAUGUUGCAGAUGUUAUAUAUGAGCGAUGGAAUAAAAUCCCUGUCAUUUUGAAAAAGAAGGCGGCCCAGUUGAUGCAAUUGUGUGCCUUUUGGUACCACAUUCUGCUGCGUCAAGAGAAUCACAACACCACACGCUGGGCUGUUCAAGUGGGCUUCCUAGACUCAAAGUAAGAACAAUGACUUGCAAACUAAUUGUAACUCCCCUGCCUCACAUUUGUCAUUCCUUAGUACAGAGUGUUAAUGCCCACUUUUUUUUAUUUUCACUUUCUCUAGCGUCAGCAAUGACUUGAGUCUGAAGAGACUGCACAAGAUAGAAAUAUUGGAAGCUAUCCUCAGAGCGAUGGAAAAAGGAUGUGUACGUUCCUUGUUAAAAUCAAAAUUGAACCAUACAGGAAUUGCAGUGUUGAAUCUGAGAAUGCUCAUGUUGUCACUUGUUUUCUCUUCCAGUUAUUAGAAGAUCAAACAAGGCAUAUGAUCUGGAUAAGCAAUAAAUUUAACUUGGUAAGUGUAAUGCAUGCCUAUGCCGCAUUGAAAAUGAAAAUAUGAUACAUUUUCAGUGCUUUCUCUUGCUCAUAUCUUACAAAAAUGUUUGAGCAACAUGGUGUCUUCUCUAUUUUCUAAUGUUGAAGUAUCCACUCAGCACAGUAGUUAUUCAUAAGAAAACAAUAAUGUGCUCUUCAUGCCUGGAAAAUGGGGCAACAUGCUACUUAGUGUUUGUGAGGCAGCCACAGAGUGGGGUGCCAAUAUUCAUUGUUUUAAGAACUCAGGAAUCUAUUUACACCCUGCUGGUACAUAGCCAAGCAAAGGAAACAGAAACGUCCUGUUUGGUGGUCUUAAAUGUGAAUCGCUGAUUGCAUUAUCAAAUUUGAUUUGUCACAUGCGCCGAAUACAACAGGUGUAGACCUUACAGUGAAAUGCUUACUUACAAGCCCUUAACCAACAAUGCCGUUUUAAGAAAAAUAAGUGUUAAGUAAACAAUAGAUACAGUUGAAGUCGAAAGUUUACAUACACUUAGGUCGGAGUCAUUAAAACUCGUUUUUCAACCACUCCACAAAUGUCUUGUUAACAAACUAUAGUUUUGGCAAGUCGGUUAGGAAAUCUACUUUGUGCAUGACACAAGUCAUUUUUCCAACAAUUGUUUACAGACAGAUUAUUUAAGUUAUAAUUCACUGUAUCACAAUUCCAGUGGGUCAGAAGUUUACAUACACUAAGUUGACUGUGCCUUUAAACAGCUUGGAAAAUUCCAGAAAAUGAUGUCAUGGCUUUAGAAGCUUCUGAUAGGCUAAUUGACAUCAUUUGAGUCAAUUGGAGGUGUACCUGUGGAUGUAUUUCAAGGCCUACCUUCAAACUCAGUGCCUAUUUGCUUGACAUCAUGGGAAAAUCAAAAGAAAUCAGCUAAGACCUCAGAAAACGGUACAAACAAUAGUACGCAACUAUAAACACCAUGGGACCACGCAGCGGUCAUACCGUUCAGGAAGGAGACGCGUUCUGUCUCCUAGAGAUGAACGUACUUUGGUGCGAAAAGUGCAAAUCAUUCCCAGAACAACAGCAAAGGACCUUGUGAAGAUGCUGGAGGAAACGGGUACAAAAGUAUCUAUAUCCACAGUAAAACGAGUCCUAUAUCGACAUAACCUCAAAGGCCGCUCAGCAAGGAAGAAGCCACUGCUCCAAAACCGCCAUAAAAAGCCAGACUACGGUUUGCAACUGCACAUGGGGACAAAGAUCGUACUUUUUGGAGAAAUGUCCUCUGGUCUGAUGACACAAAAAUAGAACUGUUCGGCCAUAAUGACCAUCGUUAUGUUUGGAGGAAAAAGGGGGUGGCUUGUAAGCCGAAGAACACCAUCCCAACCGUGAAGCAUGGGGGUGGCAGCAUCAUGCUGUGGGGGUGCUUUGCUGCAGGAGGGACGGGUGCAAUUCACAAAAUAGAUGGCAUCAUGAGGAAGGAAAAUUAUGUGGAUAUAUUAAAGCAACAGCUCAAGACCUCAGUCAGGAAGUUAAAGCUUGGUCGCAAAUGGGUCUUCCAAAUGGACAAUGACCCCAAGCAUACUUCCAAAGUUGUGGCAAAAUGGCUUAAGGACAACAAAGUCAAGGUAUUGGAGUGGCCAUCACAAAGCCCUGACCUCAAUCCUAUAGAAGAUUUGUGGGCAGAACUGAAAAAGCAUGUGUGAGCAAGGAGGCCUACAAACCUGACUCAGUUACACCAGCUCUGUCAGGAGGAAUGGGCCAAAAUUCACCCAACUUAUUGUGGGAAGCUUGUGGAAGGCUACCCAAAACGUUUGACCCAAGUUAAGCAAUUUAAAGGCAAUGCUACCAAAUACUAUUCAGUGUAUGUGAACUUCUGACCCACUGGGAAUGUGAUGAAAGAAAUAAAAGCUGAAAUAAAUUAUUCUCCCUACUAUUAUUCUAACAUUUCACAUUCUUAAAAUAAAGUGGUGAUCCUAACUGACCUAAGUCAGGGAAUUUUUACUAGGAUUAAAUGUCAGGAAUUGUGAAAAACUGAGUUUAAAUGUAUUUGGCUAAGGUGUAUGUAAACUUCCGACAACUGUAAGUAAAAAAUAAAAGCAUUAAAAUAACAGUAGCGAGGCUAUAUACAGGGGGUACUGGUACAGAGUCAAUGUGCAGGGGCACCGGUUAUAAGUCACCCUCAACCUGAUUUGUCGCAUGGAAUAUCUAGCAACCUGGUGCGCAUUAUCUUCCCACCCAUUGCCGAUUUGGUGUAUUGUCUUAUGGUUGCCGUGGAGUCGCCUAGGCAGAGAGCUCUGUAAAUAUUGUACACAAUUAUAUAUAUUUAGGUUUUUUUGGUCUUGACUCAGUUGCAGAAUCGGGAUGAAAAGUAUAUAUUUUUUGGCUUAUAGCUAGCAAGCUGGAUGGUUGUUUGGAUUCAAAUAAUGCAGCCCCGGAUUUGUUUAAUUUGUCGGGAAGAAUUGCAGUAAGUACUGCAUGCUGUGUCCAGAGAUUGCAGAAGAUGCUCAGGAACUGUUCUUAACCGUUUACAUUUUUACAUUUUAGUCAUUUAGCAGACGCUCUUAUCCAGAGCGACUUACAGGAGCAAUUAGGGUUAAGUGCCUUGCUCAAGGGCACAUCGACAGAUUUUUCACCUAGUCGGCUCGGGGAUUAGAACCAGCGACCUUUCGGUUACUGGCACAACGCUCUUAACCACUAAGCUACCUGCUGCCCACUGCCAAGAUGUGGUGGCUUUUCAGCAGCCGUGGCAUCACCCAGGUGAGGACCAGUACCUACGGAAGAGUGGGUCCUAUGGAGGAACUGACUGUCGGAGAAGCGGAAGUGGUACACUGAUGAAGCGGCCCGGGCCUGUUGUCAGACUUUGUCUCUCUCAGGCUGUACCAUCGAUGCCCCCUCCGCUGAAGCUACACUGCCUUUCCAAUACAAACUGCCUCAACCCCCACCCUUUCAUCCGAAGCCAAAAUGGAGACGUUCAAUCUCCAUCUGUACCAUCUCAAUUUAAAAAAACAAACAUGUUUUAUGUGCUUUGAAUUUAUUUUCUGUAGUAAAAAGCGCUAUACAAGUUAAUAAUUAUUGGGAGGAUGGUUAAGACUAAAAUGUGUUUUGUUGACUGGUAACUCUGUGGCAGCAUGUGCCAGAGGUCCUGGACGAAGCGAUACACUGGCUGGAGCGGACAGGAGAGCCCCGCAUCAAGCAGCGGGUUGAGGAGCUGGGCCCCAGAGGGAACUGCUUUGCCGCCCUGCAGCUCAUCUUCACUGAGUGUAAGAACCACUCAGUCAGGCAGUGUGUCCUCCAUUGCUGUUAAUAUGGUGGUCUGAUGAUAUACUGUCUGUGUAAGCCUCAUAACGAUGUGUUUUUACAGCCUUCUCACACUAGAUCUUAUACCCAUUCAGGGCUUAGUGGUAGGUAGCUUAGAGGCUGAAAGGUAAAACAUGGUAGAUAUGUUAGAGCAGUGGUAUUCAAACUUUUUCAGCUGAUUACCAAUUCAUAUUUUUUUAAAUCAAAUAACGUUCAAUUCAUUACAUGUAAUUUUUGUAAUCAAAAUUAAGAACCAAUAAAUACCUGAGGUUAUUUCUGAAAUGUUUGUAUAUUGUCCCAUACAAUCUGUAUUCUUAACUGUUUGCCCCCCCCCCCCCAAAAAAAAACAAAAAUACAAUUUGUAUUUUAUUUGGUGACCCCCACUGCAAUUCCCUUGUGAUCCCGACUUUGAAUCCAUUGGGCUAGAGUUUAGAGGUUUGACAGGUUACUGGGAAUAAAAUAUGACAUGGUUUAUCCUGCUCUGGCUACUUGGUUAACAGUGAAUGGGUCCCAAUACGAACAUGAACUUCUUCUCUCAUCAGAUUCCCACUAUACACAGGCUAUGGGAGUCAACAGAAAAAAAAUGAUGCGAGAGCUUGCACAGGGCCCCUGCCAAUGGUCUAUUGAGGUAAGAAAAAAACCCCUGUAAUUUAUCAUAAUUUGUCAUCCUUUAAGGACCCAAUGCCCUCUCCUUAUUUUAUGUAAAGAUGGUGACGAUUGUAGUAAUUCGGUUGGAACCAACAUUUCUGAACAGAACCACAAUUUGUUCCGAUCAGCAAAUAAUGUUCUGAACCGGUUCGAACCAAAAAAGUACUGUUUAUAUUGUUCCUUUUUUUAGCCUGUGAAAUAACAUAUUUAUUUUAUUAUGUGGGUGGGGAGAGAGAGAGAGCGAGAGAGGGUUGAGGAGGGUUGAAGCGCUGGGAAUCUUGUUAUGACAUGCAUUAUCUAAAUUACGUCCACAAAAUUAUACCUAGGAAGAGUGGCUUCUAUAGAGGAACUUUGCAUUUCCUUUGAGCUAGCUAACAAGCUUGUGUGCAGAGUGGCACCAGAAUAAAAAAAUAUGUUUUUUGUUGUUAAUAAAUCCAACGUGAAAUGUGAUAACUAGGUCUAUAGAAUCCUUAACUAGCAUUGAAAAAGUUAAUCCAUUCUUCUGUAGCUAAUUAAAAAUCUAUCUUCUGAAUCAAGCUUGUAACGUCAGCACAGUAGUCUAUUCUUUGGGAGGGGCAGGUAGCCUAAACAUGCACAGGCAAAGGUUUUCAUUUUGCAGGCAGAUCCUGGAAUAAGUUUCUGAGUAACCGAGUGAGGGCUUUGCAUAGGCACUUUGUUAAGGUGUGUUGUGGGACUAGAAAAAAAUUCCUGGAACGUAAAAUAACUUUAUUAACCGGUUCCCAUGCUUUUAAAAUAACGGCGACGUUCCGGAACGGUAUGGAUCACUUUCUUUCCAUUUAUAUUCCUUCAACAAUUUUGUUAUUUUCCAGUUUUCUGUUCUAUUCCCUGAACCGGAUCCAACCCCUGAUAAUGUUUUAGAAGAUGUACAGUACAGCAGAUAAUGUAUUUUUGUGAUUAACUAAGUUGAUAGAUAUGAUUUACACUAACCUAUCUCUGGAUUUACAUUACAUUCAUUCUGUUGACGUGUUUUCUAUUAGGAUUUUGUAAACUUUUUUCCCCCUCCUUAUUUGCUCAGAAAAGUGAAGAGAUGAAGACUAGAGGAAAUGAUCAAUUUCAGAAAAAGAAAUAUGAUGCAGCAGUCAAGUGUUACUCAAAAGCCAUCAAAUAUCAGUAAGUUGUAUUUUUUAGUGGUUUUAACAUCUGAUUUACAUACUAUUUGUAUGUUUGAGGACAAUAUAACAAGUCAGGCAGUUUCCCAUGUUCUCUGAUUAUCUGUGCAUUACCUCUUCCCAAUGUGUUAUUGUCCCUGGUGUCAAGGUACCUUUGAUUUCAUGGGGUAUCCAUGUGUUUUAUUCAAGUGACUAACACCCUGCUGAACAUGUCAAUUUAUGGCACCAUAAAUGUCUCUGAAGUGUAAACACUACUUGACCUCUAUCACGACUUUCUUUCCCAUUUUGUCUGUCAAAAUGGACCAGAAUGGGAUACUUUGACUACUCAUAAAUAAUCUUUAUUUGUAUGUCAUUGAAUUCAUUAUUGUUUGAUAACAUAAUCCUAUCUAUUUUUCAGCCCUGAAAACCACAUUAUCUAUGGGAACCGAGCGCUUUGCUAUAUCCGUAGUGAAAAAUAUCUGUAAGUCCUUCACAAACUAUAAACAAACCUGUUUGUGUAGGACACUGUUACACAGACCCGUUAAACAUGUUUACUGAUCAAAGGCAUUAUUUGUUGUUACAGAAAAGCUGUUGGUGAUGGAAAACGAGCCACUUUAAUACAACCAGAGUGGGCAAAGGUAAGCAAUUUGUAAGUCGCUCUGGAUAAGAGCGUCUGCUAAAUGACGCAAAUGUAAAUGUAAUUCUCCCAGUCACAUCUGAAUUUCCAGUGCGAUUGCCCUCAGCUUAAAGGGAUAUUUCAGGAUUUAUCUACUUCCUCAGAGUCAGAUGAACUCGUGGAUACCAUUUUUGUCUCUGCGUAUGCUAGCUGUUCCCAUAGACUUCCAGUCAUGCUAAUGCUAGUUAGCAAUUCUGCUAAAGCUAGUUGGCAACUUCCUUCAAACGCAGAGACAUAAAAAUGGUAUCCACAAAUUCAUCUGACCCUGGGGAAGUAGAUAAAGGGCUUCGUUGCCAAAAUCCCGAACUAUCCCUUUAAGCAAGGUUUAUCAGAAAUUUCUGAGGAUCAAACCCACUGAUGGUGGUGAAAUGAAUACAUUUUAAUGAGCUCUUUGUUCUGAUUGACUGACAAGCUAGCUAGUUCUAUUGAACUGAAAUCGAAAUGUUUUUUUCAGUGUGAGAUGCCUCAACACUCUACAAAAAGGAUAUGUGGCGUGAUUGUAAUGGAAUGUUAAUGCCCAAAGUACCAACAUUCCUAAAAAGAUGUCUGUAUGGCUGUGAAUUAUGGUAUCUUCCCCUCCCCUGUGGUCUGUGUAUGGCAGGGUCACUACCGGUACUGUGAGGCGCUGUUCCUCCUGGGGGAACACAAGCGGGCGAUAGAGGCCAACGAGUGGGGCCAGACCCUGUGCAAGGCUGACUCAGAGGGCAUGAAGGACCUGCUGCAGCAAUAUGCCAAGUUCAACAUAGAGAUCGAGGAGAGCAAGCGCCACCAGGCAGAGGAACGCAAAGGUAACGGGGAAAUUCACCCACUGAACUUCAUAUUAAAACCAGCUGAUCUUGUAGGAAACCAUAAGAAUUACUAGGAUAAAUUCGGGGGUGAUUGUAAAAUGUGGCUUGUGGUUACCAAGACUAAUUUGGCGCCUUGUAAAACUCCUAGCGAUUACCAUGACCAAUCAGAGGGACGGUUAAAAACCCUCACCAGAGCUUAUCCCAUUUGCAGUGCAUUCUUCAUGCGAAGACCGAUACACCUCUGUCAUAUGCUGACAGUGGCCAUAGAUUUUUUGCAUAACCAAUAGUAGGAAGUGGGGGUGGCUAAUCCUAACCCUACCCAGAGGGUGCCUUCAUAUUAAGACAUUAAGUUCAGUUCCUUUGGGGGAAGAUAUGGAGGAGAAACAUCUUUGUUUAUGUUGUGGUCAAACAGAAGUAGCCUACAAUGUCCUGCCAUUGGUUUACGGUAUGUAUUUCCUUUCAUUACUCUUGUAAUCUGAGUCUUGGGUAGGUUGUGGUUGUUUUACCAGCUCUGUUCCUUGUUCCUCAAAAGCAGUUUUUCCUCUAAAUUGUUCUAAGUUUAGAAUUGUUUGUUGAAAGAUCUAGUCUGGUUUUGCUAGAUCAUUCAGUCUGUAUGUAAUAUCUUUGAUUGUGAUGUUUCUUUUCAUGUGUAUAAACUAUUCAUUUCUAGUUGGAAGACUGAAUAAAACUGCAGCUAAGAAAGUUUCAAGUAGAAGGUAUGUACAAUAGUGUUUACGAACCAAUGGCAAUCAUGCAUUUGUGGAUCAUUUUGAAUUUGUGUAACCCUGGUGUUUUUACUGUUAUCUACAGAACAGAGAGUACCACCAGAGCAGACACAACAGAGUCACAACAACAGACUGCUAAACCCACCAGUAAGGUUGAGCCUUCCACUAAAAACACUGCUCCUGAGAACAAGGUCAGUUACUCAGACCUCAGCCUCAACUUUCAGUACCCUAAUCUAUGAAUUACAUUCAGGGUGACACAUUUUGUCCACAAAAAAGUCCUUGCAGAGUACAAACAGGACUUAAUCCAAGAGUAGUUUCAAGUACAGCAACUGGUGAUUGUGUUGUGCACUGAUCAAUGAGCUGUUUGAUCAGCUAUAGAAUUGACAUCAUCUCAUGGACAUUGUAAUGUUUCAAAAUAAGUCCUGUUGUGAGUAAUACUGUUAGGACUGUUUUGCAGACCAAAUGCACUGAACAAAUAUAUAAAUGCAACAUGUAAAGUGUUGGUCCCAUGUUUCAUGAGCUGAAAUAAAAGAUCCCAGACAUUUUCCAUAGGCACAAAAAGCUUAGUUCUCUCAAAUUUGGUGCACAAAUUUGUUUACAUCCCUGUUAGUGAGCAUUUCUCCAGCCACCCAGACAGCUGAUGAAAAUGUGGGUUUGCACAACCAAAGAAUUUCUGCACAAACUGUCAGAAAUCAUUUCAGGGACGCCUGCGUGCUCGUCGUCCUCACCAGGGUCUUGACCUGACUGCAGCUUGGCGUCAUAACAGACUUUGUUGGGUAUUUUUCAGUAGACCAUACAGAGCCAUUGUACCGAGUGAUACACAAGGUCAGACCAUAGGUUAAACAUAGUAAAUAUUUUAAGACUAUAAAGAUUAAAACAUAGUUAAUCAUAAAGACAAGCAGUACGACUAAGUGAAUACGGAGUGUGGUACACAAGGAGGGAGCCAGAGUCAGGACAUGGCUCUUGAUUGAUAUACUGUUAUGUAUGAGGCAUUGCAUUAGGAAUGUCUUAAAUGUAUAUAGUCGAGAAUUGGUUAUAGACCUGCCAUGUUUAAACUAUAUUUAAGUAUCGAUAAAUAUGUUUUAGAAUAAACAGAGCAGAGCCAGGAGAUGGCUCUGUUAUUUUGUACAUGAGAAAGCUUUGUUCUGCCACUAUUGUUUUCAAACUGAAUAUAUAGGAGGAGAAGUCAGAUUUCGCCACUAUCAUAAAUAGAGUGGGCGGAGCAGUCAAAAUAUGAAAGUUUGGAAACAAUAGUGGAGAAACUGAACUGGGAAGGUUUAAGCUAAAAAGUAUGUAAAAUGAGCAGAAAUGGAAAUUGUAUAUAAACUGAGGGCCAAGUAUUGGGAGUUAGUUGCUCUGCAGAUCAGCUCGGCUUUUGUUGCUCUGUGUAAUAAAGUAUAUCUUGAUUCUACAAAAACUCUUUAAGAACUUUGAUUUUUAAUAAGUAUAUUGAUAACAUUUCUACGACAACUUCAGUGGGCAAAUGCUCACUGGCACGCUGUUGAAGUGUGCUCUUCACGGAUGAAUCCCGGUUUCAACUGUACCAGGCAGAUGGCGUUGUGUGGGCGAGUGGUAUGCUGACGUCAACGUUGUGAACAGAGUGCCCCAUGGUGGGGUUAUGGUAUUGGCAGGCAUAAGCUACGAAAACAAUAGCAUUUUAUCGAUGGCAAAUUGAAUGCACAGAGAUACCGUGACGAGAUCCUGAGGCCCCAUUGUCGUGCUAUUCAUCCGCCGCCAUUUCUCAUGUUUCAGCAUGAUAAUGCACAGCCCCAUGUCGCAAGGAUCUGGACACAAUUCCUGGAAGCUGAAAAUGUCCCAGUUCUUCCAUGGCCUGCAUAUUCACCAGACCUAUGUCACCCAUUGAGCUUGUUUGGGAUGCUCUAGAUUGACGUGUUCCAGUUCCCGUCAAUAUCCAGCAGCUCAUAUAAAAUCCAUAGAUUAGGAUCUAAUGAAUUUUAAAUUCACAGAUGUUCCUUAUAUGAACUGUAACUCAGUAAAAUCGUUGAAAUUGUUGCAUAUUGCGUUUUUCUAUUUUUGUUCAGUCUGUCAUCCAUGUUUUAGGAAUAAUUGUUUAUUUCUUAAUUGUUUUUCAUGUCACCAAACACAGGGCUCAGAAGUCAAGGUGGAAAGCCAGACACAACCAGGUAAGAGGUUUUUGGCUACUAUUUCUAAUUUGCUAGAAAUUAACUCUUCUGUUAGGGUUGAAAUGCACUGAACAACAAUAUAAACGCAACAUGUAAAGUGCUGGUCCCAUGUUUCAUGCGCUGAAAAACAUCCCAGAAAUGUUCCAUAUGCACAAAAAGCAUAUUUCUCUCAAAUGUUGUGUACAAAUUUGUUUAAAUCCCAGUCAUUGAGCAUUUUAUCCUUUGUCAAGAUAAUCCAUCCACCUGACAGGUAUGGCAUAUCAAGAAGCUGAUUAAAUAGCAUGAUCAUUACACAGGUGCACCUUGUUCUGGGGACUAAAAGGGGGGGGGGGGGCUGCUGAGGAGUAUUUGUCUGUAAUAAAGCCCUUUUGUGGGGACAAAAUCAUUGAUUGGCUGGGCCUGGCUCCCCAGUGGGUGGGCCUAUGCCCUCCCAGGCCCACCCAUGUCUGCGCCCCUGCCCAGUCAUGUGAAAUCCAUAGAUUAGGGCCAAAUUAAUUUAUUUCAAUUGACUGAUUUCCUUAUAUGAACUGUAACUCAGCAAAAUCUUUGGAGUUGUUGCGUUUCUUUUUGUUCAGUUUAAAUGGAAGCAAAUAUAGUUUGGCUUUUUUGUUUUUAUGCAUGUUAUGUCUUUUUAUGGUGUUGUGGGAACAAGGUUAAAUCUAUUAGAUAGGUGACUCUUGGGAACCACAAGGUCUGAAUACCAAGGAUUCCAGUAUGUCGAGGGAGCUUACUGAAGUUUAUCUUAGAAUGAUUGAUAGAUGUAAUAUACUGACUUGGGGUACAAGUUAAUACCAUCAAAGAAGGGAGUGCCAACUGAUGGUUACCAGAUGUUGUGGAAGCAAUAUUACAUUUACGUCAUUUAGCAGACGCUCUUAUCCAGAGCGACUUACAAAUUGGUGCAUUCACCUUAUGAUAGCCAGUGGGACAACCACUUUACAAAAUUUUUUAAAAUUUUUAUAUAUAUUAUUUAUAAUAUAUUUAUUUAAUAUAUAACAUGGACUAUAAGAAGAUAGAUUUUCUUUGUCUAGUAGUUCGGAUGACAAGAGGCAAAGCAUGUGCCAUUUGUUAGACGAACCCGGUACUGUCUCUAUUAAAUAUUUUGUAUUAACUACCCAUAUAAUUGUUUAAGUAUACUAUUGCAUCCUGAAUUACUUGACACCAGAGAAACUCAUCAUAACAAUGCAUUAAAUACAAUGCAGAUGUUUAGGUUCCUCUAGAGAUGCUUUUGAUAUACAGUACAAGUCAAAAGUUUGGACACACCUACUCACUCAAGGGUUUUUCUUUAUUUUUACAAUUUUCUACAUUGUAGAAUAAUAGUGAAGACAUCAAAACUAUGAAAUAACACAUUAAAUCAUGUAGUAACCAAAACAAUGUUAAACAAAUCAAAAAUGUAUUUUAUAUUUGAGGUUCUUCAAAUAGCCACCCUUUGCCUUGAUGACAGCUUUGCACACUCUUGGCAUUCUCUCAACCAGCUUCACCUGGAAUGCUUUUCCAACAGUCUUGAAGGAGUUCCCACAUAUGCUGAGCACUUGUUGGCUGCAUUUCCUUCACUCUGCGGUCCAACGCAUCCCAAACCAUCUCAAUUGGGUUGAGGUUGGGUGAUUGUGGAUGCCAGGUCAUGUGAUGCAGCACUCCAUCACUCUCCUUCUUGGUCAAAUAGCCUUUACACAGCCUGGAGGUGUGUUGGGUCAUUGUCCUGUUGAAAAACAAAUGAUAGUCCCACUAAGCGCAAACCAGAUGUGAUGGCGUAUCGCUGCAGAAUGCUGUGUUAGCCAUGCUGGUUAAGUGUGCCUUGAAUUCUAAAUAAAUCAGACAGUGUCACCAGCAAAGCACCAUCCCACCACCUCCUCCAUGCUUCACGGUGGGAACCACACAUGCGGAGAUCAUCCGUUCACCUACACUGUCUCUCACAAAGACACGGCGGUUGGAUCCAAAAAUCUCACAUUUGGACUCAUCAGACUAAAGGACAGAUUUCCACUGCUCGUGUUUCUUGGCCUGAGCAAGUCUCUUCUUCUUAUUGGUGUCCUUUAGUAGUGGUUUCUUUGCAGCAAUUCGACCAUGAAUGCCUGAUUCACGCAGUCUCCUCUGAACAGUUGAUGUUGAGAUGUGUCUGUUACUUGAACUCUGUGAAGCAUUUAUUUGGGCUGCAAUCUGAGGUGCAUUUAACUCUAAGGAACUUGUGCUCUGCAGCAGAGGUAACUCUGGGUCUUCCUUUCCUGUGGCGGUCCUCAUGAGAGCCAAUUUCAUCAUGCCGCCUGAUGGUUUUUGUGACUGCACUUGAAGAAACUUUCAAAGUUCUUGAAAUGUUCCGUAUUGACUGACCUUCAUGUCUUUAAAGUAAUGAUGGAUUGUUGUUUCUCUUUGCUUAUUUGAGCUGUUCUUGCCAUAAUAUGGACUUGGUCUUUUACCAAAUAGGGCUAUCUUCUGUAUACCACCCGUACCUUGUCACAACACAACUGAUUGGCUCAAAACGCAUUCAGAAGGGAAGAAAUUACACAAAUUAACUUUUAAGAAAGCACACCUGUUAAUUGAAAUGCAUUCCAGGUGACUACCUCAUGAAGCUGGUUGAGAGAAUGGGCCAAGUGUGCAAAGCUGUCAUCAAGGCAAAGGGUGGCUAUUUGAAGAAUCUCAAAUAUAAAAUAUAUUUUGAUUUGUUUAACACUUUUUAUUGUGUUACAUGAUUCAAUAUGUGUUAUUUCAUAGUUUUGAUGUCUUCACUAUUAUUCUACAAUGUAAAAAAUGAAGAAAACCCUGGAAUGAGUAUGUGUGUCCAAACUUCUGACUGGUACUGUAAGUCAGUUGCUUAUGUCAAUACCUAACAAGUUCAGCCAGUUGUUGUCUUGCAGCCUAUCAUAACCUUCUGGUUGUUUUUGACUUCCUUGAGCUGUCUCUUUAAGAGCACAUGCCACCACUUUCUUUGCCAAGUUGCUGGUUUUGCACAGGGAGCAUCAUGUUUUCUUCUCUGAGUUUUCAGAAGCUAACCCUUUUCUUCCUAGUGAAAGGUGCAGGAAGAGCACAUUCGGUGGAUAAUAAUACCAAGGCGCCUAAAGAGACGAAAGGGUGAGUUUUAUGUUCAAUCUUUUUUCAGGGUUUGUAAUACAUUAGGCUUACCUCACUGCCAGACCAACAGACCAGGUCUUCUGUUGAGUGGGGAAGAACGAUUUAUUGCAGUAUAUUGAUCCCAAAUGGGUAUCUUUGGCGUAAAGCAAUGCCGUUCAACUAGUGGUAAAGUUGGUGCAUAUGAACAGUAGGGUGUUGCACGGUAUACCGAAACUUCAGUACUUUUUCGAUACUAGAACAUAAAAUGGUUCGGUACUUCUGUCAGAGGUUGCAUGUCAUCUACUGAUUGAGAGGUUUUUAAUGUAAAGAUAUAGCCUAAUCGUAUUUGUAGUAGAAAGCAAUGCGUUAGAAGAGUCAAAUGCAACAUUCAUUUAUGGCCAGCUAUGUAAACGCUAACAUUGAUUUUAUCCUGCAAUAGAUGUCGUUCAAUUGGUAAUAUUCGUUUUUGUCUUCUAAUGCCUCUUACGGGGAAAGUAAUCAUGUUACUGAGUUUGGGUAAGCCAAAAGUUAGAUGACCGUUUACAAUCGAACAGGUAACUGUAACAGAUUACAUUUAGAAAGUAACCUACCCAACCCUGACACCACUUAUGCUGCACAGAAGUUAACACACUUGAAUAGUGCAACACGGGAUGUUGAAACUGUUAAUUACUCUUGGCAAAAUAAAUUCCAUUACAGGCUAGAACACUUUAAAAUGUAAGAAGAUACCGCUAGGUUCCAGCUUUGUAGGCUAACUUUCUAUGCUAGCUUACAGCUGAAGCUAACAUAAAUUCAGUACCUUGAAUUUUGAUAAUAUGCUAAUCAUAACUCAAAAUAUUUCAGAUUUCAAAGCUGAUUGUCACAACUUUAUUCAGUCUCCCCGCCUCCUCCAGAUUAUCUUUGUUCAAACCUCGAACUGACGGUGUGUGAAUGACAUCAUGGGUCUUAAAGAGAGAGCACACUUUUAUAAAAGAGAUUGCUUCUUCUAUGUAAAUAUUGUUGAUCAGUAUAAUAGAAGUCCCAGAUGGAAGGGAAGCAGAUUUGUUUCUCAUCUGUAGCCCCAUGAAAUCAGCCAAAACAAGCUCAAUAACUCAAUGCAUGCACACAUUCCUAUUGAAUAUGCUUUCACCUGUAUUGUGAAUAGUCAUAUGCUACUUAAUUUACCCAGUUUAUCAAUAGAGAUUUGCCAUUCAAAUGAAUGAUUACCGUUAUGUAUUUUGGUUAAAAAAACAGCCAAAUAGGUUCAUUAAUGCAUGCAUUAAAAAAUGACUAUGGCUAAUAAUACGCCUUUUUUUUUUUGCCGGAGUAUUGUAUCGUGAUACCAAACCUGAUUUAUUUUUUAAAUAUAUGGUGUCGUGACAACACUAAUGAACAGUAUGAUGGCAAAUUAAGUGUUUUGGUCCACCCCUGCAGUGGAAAAAGAAUGCAGGCUUUAUCUGAAGCAAUGGAUAUUUUCUGUUUCACUUCGUAACUGCUUUAUUGAACACUACCAAGAAUCUGAAUCGUUGUGUUCUUUUUAAAAUUGUGUAUAGGAAAAGCACGUAAGACACGCGUUAGUUUACAUUAGACGUUUUGUGGGGUGCGUGUGUGUGGUAUGUGUGUUCUUGCUAACUUGGUUAAUGCUUGACAGUGCUUGUUGAAUCAUGUUGUACACCAACUGCCUACAGAUCUGUGCAAGUAACACUGGAGAUAUUCAGUCAAGUUUUUUGUACAGUGCCAUUGACUACAGUAGGCUACUCAGCGAAAGUUAGCAUUUUCAACUCCUAAAAGUUAUGUUUCUUUUCAGUGAAAUGGCUGAUAAAAAGAUCAGCAAGCCAGAGCCCAGCGCUUCAGAGAAAUCGAAAGGGAAGAGCAGAAACAAGCAGUCAAAGGAAAAGGUAGACACGUCGUGUGGCAAUGAUCUCAUGUUACAGCUCAAACAGAAUUUCAGUUGGUUUCACAACGCAAAACAAAUGCUGGUGCAUUUCCUGCCUUGUAUUUCUUGCCAUAACUUUUGAACUUUUCCUCCGUACUAAUGGCAUGCAUCUCAUUAUCAAAAUGUACUGUGGCCUCCCCUCCUGCGAGUCUAACCCACCACCUCCCUGGCUCUGAAACAUAGUAUAUUCAUCCCAUUAAAUUGUUUUUUUCUACAGAAGUAGUUUUCACCUACAUGUUUGUUUAGAGAACUUUGUGUGUUAUUAGUGACUCACUGAUAUCCCUUCCCACUCAGACGGUAUCAGGCAGCUCCAGAGACCCCAGUGUGCGGGAUGCACUGGUGUCAGCUGUGCAGGAAGCCCACACGGCCCUGACCGACCAGCGCUGCCGCAAUGCAGAGCAGGCCUUCUCCCAGGCCCUUAGCAUCCUGGAGACCAGCACACCAAAGGUACAGCACAGAACUGUGUCCCUCUCACAAUCAGCCCUCAGUGAAACUAUCACAGAGGUGUUGGGCAAUUUCAGCUCAAACUGUACUCCACUUCCAUCCAAUUUUCUUUAGCCUGUGAAAUGACUUUCUAUCAAAUGCAAUGGUUGUCAGUGGUAGUUUUAAACUGCCCUUUUAUUUUCACCGGAUGUUUAAUUGGUUCCCAAAAUGAGAUCAUCCUCAGGGCUGCGUUCAGUAUGAAAGAAACGUAGUGUAACGUUCAAUUAAUUGGAAAUGAUGCAGUUCUGAACUUCCAGUUGAAAAACUAGGAGGGGUUGUGGGUUCAAAAUGCACCGCUGCACUUUUAAAGCGGGAAUCAGGAGUUGAAACCAUAAGAGGUUCCCCGCCCCUGUUUUGGUAAAAAACUGAGGGGUGGGGCUGGAGAAAUAUAAUCACUCAAAUUCAUAGACAGAGCCAAGGGUGCAAGGAAUGACUGUCCAAGAUAUCCAAAUUAUAGUUUUAAACAUGUUUUAAGGCUAUAUAGUGCACAGGAGGUUGGUGGUACCUUAAUUGUGGAGGAUGGGCUCAUGGUAAUGGCAGGAGUGGAAUGGUAUAAAAUACUUCAAACACAUGGUUUCCAUGUAUUUGAUGACAUUCCAUGCGCUCUGUUCUGGCCAUUAUUAUGAGCUGUCCCCCCUCAGCAGCGUCCUGUGAUAGUGUUUGUUUACGUCUACUUUCUUUACCAAUAUUGAAGUAAAACAAGGUUAUAUUUUGUGUUCUGUUGGGGUAUGCCAGCUGAACUAAGCUCAUGAGGCAUUUAUAAGUUAUAUUCUUAAAGAAUCAAUGGGUACAUAUAAUUUCUAAGUAAAAAAAAAAAUGGAUGUAGCAAUUGCAUAUAUCCCCUUUUUAAAUAUGUCAUUCAUUGAUGGGAUUCGAUUUAAGCUGCCCCGGGUUGAACCAGGCUAUGGUCGUCACGUGACCGGGCGAAGCCGGAGGAAGGCGCGCCCUGCUCAAAUGAAACUAUAAUCUAUGCCGCUUGGUCAUAUUGUCAUCAAUACAGCAUGGUGAAUCGUUCAGAAACAUAUGUUUGAAUUUUCAGACGUUUUCAUUGGGAAGGCACAUAGUGUCACUUUUGCAUGUGAACACAGAAUCCUAUACAAUACCCCACGUGCUUAACCUAAGUCACUUUUGUUUUGAGCCGACUUUGCUGUCGGCCAGAACGGUGCAACCGGCUCACGCCGGGAGGCAGCCCGGUUCCAAAUCAAGUGCAAUCAACGCUAACCCACUCACUGCUUCAAGCCACACCCUGCCACACCUCAGUCUGUUCAAGAAUGUUUUUGGGAAAUGUGUCUUUCAGUACAAACUGUUACGCAACAUAGCAAACGUUCAAUCAAACUGAGCGCACCCCAGGUGAUGUUGUCAUUGGCCCAACAGCAUUCAGAAGAUACUUUUGGUCAUGUAGUGUUUGUGGACACCUGCUCGUCGAACAUCUCAUUCCAAAAUCAUGGGCAUUAAUAUGCUGUGGGGACUUGCUUCCAUUCAAACACAAGCAUUUAGUGAGGUCAGGCACUGAUUUAAGCCUGGCUCGGCGUUCCAAUUCAUCCCAAAGGUGUUAGAUGUGGUUGAGGUCAGGGCUCUGUGCAGGCCAGUCAAGUUCUUCCACACCAAUCUCAACAAACCAUUUCUGUAUGGAACUCCUGCUGAAACAGGAAAGGGCCUUCCCCAAACUGUUGCUACAAAGUUGGAAGCACAGAAUCAUCUAGAAUGUCAUUGUAUGCUGUAGCGUUAAGAUUCAUCACUCCAGAGAACGCAUUUCCACUGCUCCAGAGUCCAAUGGCGGCGAGCUUUACACCACUUGGCAUUGCACAUAGUGAUCUUAGGCUUGUGUGCGGCUGCUCGGCCAUGGAAACACAUGAAGCUCCAGACAAACCGUUCUUGUGCUGAUGUUGCUUCCAGAGGCAGUUUGGAAGUCAGUAGUGCGUGUUGCAACCGAGGACAGACUAUUUUUACGCGCUUCAGCACUCGGCGGUCCCGUUCUGUGAGCUUGUGUGGCCUACCACUUCACGGCUGAGCCGUUGUUGCUCCUAGACGUUUCCACUUCACAAUAACAGCACUUACAGUUGACCGGGGCAGCUCUAGCAGAGCAGAAAUUUGACGAACUGUCACCAGCAAAGCACCCCCACACCAUAACACCACCUCCUCCAUGCUUUACGGUGGGAAAUGCACAUGCGGUCAUCCGUUCACCAACACUGCAUCUCAUAAAGACACGGCGGUUGGAACCAAAAAUCUCCAAUUUGGACUAGAGACCAAAGGACAAAUUUCCACCGGUCUAAUGUCCAUUGCUCGUGUUUCUUGGCCCAAGCAAGUCUCUUCUUAUUGGUGUCCUUUAGUAGUGGUUUCUUUGCAGCAAUUUGAUCAUGAAGGCCUGAUUCACACAGUCUCCUCUGAACAGUUGAUGUUGAGAUGUGUCUGUUACUUGAACUCUGUGAAGCAUUUAUUUGGGCUGCAAUUUUGAGGCUGGUAACUCUAAUGAACUUAUCCUCUGCAGCAGAGGUAACUCUGAGUCUUCCAUUCCUGUGGCGGUCCUCCAUAAGAGCCAGUUUCAUCAUAGCGGUUGAUCGUUCUUGAAAUGUUCUGUAUUGACUGACCUUUAUGUCUUAAAGUAAUGAUGGACUGUCAUUUCUCUUUGCUUAUUUGAGCUGUUCUUGCCAAAAUAUGGACUUCGUAUUUUACCAAAUAGGGCUAUCUUCUGUAUACCCCCCUACCUUGUAACAACACAACUGAUUGGCUCAAACGCAUUAAGAAGGGAAGAAAUUCCACAAAUUAACUUUUAUGAAGGCACACCUGUUAAUUGAAAUGCAUUCCAGGUGACUACCUCAUGAAGCUGGUUGAGAGAAUGCCAAGUGUGCAAAGCUGUCAUCAAGGCAAAGGGUGGCUAUUUGAAGAAUCUCAAAUAUAAAAAAUAUUUUGAUUUGUUUAACACUUUUUUUGGUUACUACAUGAUUCCAUAUGUGUUAUUUCAUAGUUUUGAUAUCUUCACUUAUUCUACAAUGUAGAAAAUAAUAAAAAUAAAGAAAAACCCUUGAAUGAGUAGUUGUUCUAAAACGAUUGAUAUGCAAUAGGAAGGGUGCAGCAUAACAACUGGGGUGUAUUCAUUACAGAAACCGUUUACAGUGGAGCAAAACGAGAGUUUCUGUUGGACAAAUUCAGGUAGGUCAUAAUUGGCAGAAUGAAUACGCCCCUGGGCUUUGUUUUCGAGCAAAACCAUUUAGGACAGUUGACUUGCUCAUGCGAGACACCCACUCACUUGCUAGACCUCAUUCAGAUGUGGAGGAGAAGCCAUGGUGAGCAUUCUGUGAAGCUGAGUUUUGUUGUUGUUGCCACAACAAAGUCUUGACAAUUUAGAUGGCUAACCAACGCAAUUUAGCUAGCUUGCUAGCUUGCAAGCAUGUUUGCUUAUAUUUGCUAGCUUGCCAACCAGUAGCCUAGGCAGCUUCUUCCUUAACUAGCUUUAACCCCCUAAGAUUGAUGUCCACCCCCGUGGAAAUCUAAUUAGCAUUUCUUUUUAAAUCCCCAUUUAAAAAUCUGUCAGUUUAAGCUACAUCUGUCUUUUUUGCAUUGGAUGCGUCUCAUUCCUCCGCCUAUGUCGCACUUCCGCAUCUGCGGUGAAAGGUGACAGAGCUAGAGCGGUUUUUGUCAGACCAUGAGAUAUCCCGAAAAGCCGUCUUCUCACAAAAUCAUCUGUAGCGUCCGAACCGUUUGGGCUACACUAAUCUGUGCAAAGGUGAGACUAUCACGAACAUGUACAUGUCGGUUGGUUUGCUCUAGGACGCCCACAGGCCUCACAAGACUAGUUUGAAGGUCCCCCGGUACCAGUUGAAAAUAAUAAGUAUAUAUGGAGACUGUUUAAUGGCAAAAAUAUGGGGUUAAAAAAUAUAAAAAAAUGUUUCCUGAUCUUUCUCUCAGAUAUAGGAGAGACCCUUCAGAACAAACUUCCUUCUGAUAUUUUUUUGGGACAAUCUGUUCCAUGUAGUGAAUCUGUUAUUCAAUGAGUUUGUAUGGGCUAAUAGCAGUAAGACCAAGUACGUUUUCAUCAAAUAAUUGUUGAUAUUUUUUGAUACUUCAAGGGGUCUUAAUAGAAAAUCAAUGAUCCUUUGUAUGACUUUCUUAAAACAAUUCCAUUUAGCUUAGUAGAACCGCCCCCGGUUUAGACAAGGCUUAGACUGAUGGGUUUUAAUGGCGAGCUGCCGAAAAAACACGUGUACUGUCUUAAUAAAACACAAUUUUCCACCACCAUUUUGAUUUUCUGACAAUUUAUGAUGUUGCUACACCCUUGGCUGAACGCGGUGUGCAACAUCUUAAGUUGUCUGAAAAUGGUGGUGGAAAUUGUUUUAUGAAGAUGGUACAGAGGAAAAUUAUGCCUUUGCAGCCUGAAUGGAGGAUGCUUUAUGUACGAGCUGGUCCACGGGGACACUAAUGUAUUAUCGGGAAUGCACAUCAAUCCUAGACGAUCGUGCAGAUCUAGCGGCCACUAUCGGCUGCCUAGGCUAGCCAACCAGGUGACAUUGCCUGAUUCAAAUACUGUAUCGGUUGCAUUAGCAAGUUGACUCUACCUGCCCCAAUGCAUAAUGCCAACUGUAAAAUUUGGUGGAGGAGGAAUAAUGGUCUGGGGCUGUUUUUCAUCGUUCGGGCUAGGCCCCUUAGUUCCAGUGAAGGGAACUCUUAACGCUACAGCAUACAAUGACAUUCUAGACGAUUCUGUGCUUCCAACUUUGUGGCAACAGUUUGGGGAAGGCCCUUUCCUAUUUCAGCAUGACAAUGCCCCCCGUGCACAAAGCGAGGUCCAUACAGAAAUGGUUUGUCGAGAUUGGUAUGGAAGAACUUGACUGGCCUGCACAGAGCCCUGACCUCAACCCCAUCAAACAUCUUUGGGAUGAAUUGGAACGCCGACUGCGAGCCAGGCCUAAUCGCCCAACAUCAGUGCCUAACCUCACUAAUGCUCUUGUGGCUGAAAUGGAAGCAAGUCCCCGCAGCAAUGUUCCAACAUCUAGUGGAAUGCCUUCCCAGAAGAGUGGAGGCUGUUAUAGCAGCACAGGGGGGACCAAUUCCAUAUUAAUGCCAAUGAUUUUGGAAUGAGAUGUUCGAGCAGGUGUCCAUAUAAUGUUGGUCAUGUAGUGUAGCUUUUGUCUAAGGUAGCUAACAGCUAAUUAACUAUUUUUUUUCUCCUCUCCAGGAACUUGGCCUCUGUGCUCUUGACCAAGUUGUGCUGAUUUAUGGCCAUGCCUCAGCACUCAUAGAGAUUGGUCAACCUGAGGUAAGAAACAUUCUGUGUAAUAGCUAGCUAUGAAGGGAGGCUAACGUUACUGUGCUUUUCAAGUGUGUUUUUGAUAUGGUCUGCAAAUAAAAUGUGCACUCAGUUAGGCUUUGUACUAAUGGGUUUUUCCUAUUUAGGAACUUGCUGAAGCUCAAAGAGACUUUGAAAAGAUCAAAACCUUUGAAGAGAGGAAGUUUCAGUGUCUGGUUUUUUACGGCAUUGGAAAGGCGUAUCAGAAGGAGAACCGGUAGAUACGAAUGGAAUAAUGCUUAUAGAUCACUCUGAAAUUAGCUGCACAUCACUGGGUAUACUGACAAAUGUUUUUUCCUUCACCCCUGUAGAUUUCCACUUGCUCUGGAACAGUUUUCUGAUUCUAUGCAAAUGGUUAAGAAAAAGAUAACACCUGGUAAACUGACCUGGCCCACCACAAAAGUUAUUGUUGAGGAAACUAAGCCGGGCUAUUUCAAGGUACGUUUUCAUUGAUCUCGUAUGGGUCAACUCAACUGUUGAAAUGAGGCAGGAAAUGUGUCAUUGCUUGCUGUCAUUUAGAUUUUGUUCUGUUUUAUUUUAACCCUGAACCAGGAGCUGCUAGAGGAAUCCAUAGAGAUGUGCAAAUUUCCACCUAAACCAGAUGCCAUUUGUCUGCAUCAGAAUUGCCACGGACAUUCCAAAAUAGAAAUCUACUUCACAGAUCCAGAUUUUAAGGUAAAUGUCAAAUGUGUUAAACCUAAGUUGUCUCCAUGAAAGUCAAAGACCUAACAUGUUCACUAAGCACUCAAACGGCUGUCUUUACUCAUAGGGUUUCAUUCGGAUGGUUUGCUGCCAAAGCUGCAAAGUUGAGUACCAUAUCAGCUGUUGGAAGAAGUUGAAAGCAACAGCAUUCUCUGAUAAGAAUGAAAAGGUAACACCUAUUUACAACGUUAAAGUGCACACCAUUUUAUUUUAGGUCACUCUUGCCACUGGUAUACUCAUGUCUGUUUUUACCCACAGGAUUUCCUGCAGGAAAUGUGCUUUACUCCAGACUGUUUGGGUAGAAUCUGUCAUAUUAAAAUCUAUGGUUCAACAGGGCUUGUCAAAUGUGAGGUAAGGAAUUUCUUUAAAGUUGGCACGUUAUUAAAUGUCAUUGCCAAUUUGGAGAACACUCUAAUGAAUGUAUUAUUCUGUGUCUUUAGUUUGAAGCAUCUAUUGAGAAACUUGUGGGUACAGCAACAUUGAGAGUAAAUCAGAAAUGUACAAGGUGAGUUGACCCAAUAUUUUUGUACUCAAGUUUCUCUGAAUGUCCAUACCCAAAUCAUUUUAUCAGACUGCACACUGAACAGACUGAACACGAUUUGUAUGUCAAGCACAUCUUAUUACACCAUCACAAUUGUUUCUGUAGGUUUUCAAUGUUUUUCAUUUUGUUUGCCAGUCUCAAGAAGUUGAAAUCCAAAGAGGAUCGUAAACUCAGGCGGAAGCAACAUAGGCAAGAUGCUUCUUUGUCUACGCAAGACAAGAAUGAUCAGAUACCUUUGGAGAACGGGGAGACAAUUGUCGUUGGACAGAAGGGUACAGACAUCUUACAUUUAUUAUAUUCCACCAGAUGUACAUUCAACAUGUUCCUUUCCAAAGGAACCUGUUUCAAUGACCUCACCCUUAAAGAAUGUAAGGGUGUGACUACAACACUGAACAUAAAUAUAUAUGUAAUGUGUUGGUCCUAUGUUUUAAUGAGCUGAAAUAAAAGAUCCCAGAAAUGUUCCACAUGCCCAAAAUCUUAUUUCUCUCAAAUUUUGUGCACAAAUUUGUUUACUUCCCUGUUAGUGAAGCUGAUUAAACAGCAUGCUCAUUACACAGGUGCACCCUGUGCUGGGGACAAAAGACCAUGCUAAACUGUGCAGUUUUAUCACCCAACACCAUGCCACAGAUGUCUCAAGUUUUAAGGGAGCUUGCAAUUGGCAUGCUGACUGCAGGAAUGUCCACCAGAGCUGUUGCCAGAGAAUUGAAUGUUCAUUUCUCUACCAUAAGCUGCCUCCAACGUUGUUUUAGAGAAUUUGGCUGUACGUCCAACCGGGCUCACAACCACAGACCAUGUGUAACCACGCCAGCCCAGGACCUCCACAUCCGGCUUCUUCAGCUGCGGGAUGGUCUGAGACCAGCCACCCGGACAGCUGAUGAAACUGAGGAAUAUUUAUGUCUGUAAUAAAGACCAUUUGUGGGGAAAAACAUAUUCUGAUUGGCUGGGCCUGGCUCCCAAGUAGGUGGGUCUAUGCUACCCAUGACUGCGCCCCUGCCCAGUCAUGUGAAAUGCAUAGAUUAGGGCCUAAUGAAUUUAUUUCAAUUGACUGAUUUCCUUAUGAACUGUAACUCUGUAAAAUCGUUUAUUUUUGUUCAGUAUAAAUGCAUGAUGCAAUCCACAUCACUGUUACAUUCCAAACGCUGUCCUGACCACACCACAGCUUCUCUUAGUCACAUUAUCCUCAGUUCCUAACUGAGGAAACACCCUUCUGUUCCUAACUGUUGAACACCCUUCUCCAGCUUCAUCCCCCACCUGGCUAGCUUACGGGGACCGUGUUCUGCUUCAGAUCAGUGAGAGUAAAGACCUAUUCAGGGACGAGAGCCACAACAUCUCUGUCCUGAUGGAGAACCUUAAGCCAUGGAUGGACCUAGACCGGAUCAAGGGGAAUGAGCUGGGCACGUCGUACGCUGGGAGGCAGCCGGAGACGCUGGGGGACGUUGUAGCGCUCCUCCUGGAAAGGAAGAACCGGGUGUGGGCCCGCGUAUUUAUCCAUAGCCUGAGCGGCUGCCUGGACACCAGCCCCAAGCUGCACAACUGGGCCCACCAACUGAACAGCGCAGGUCAGCACACAUUACAUUUUUCCUGUUAAUCAGGACUUCAACUUAUGUAUUGAAGGGCAAUGCCAACCUUCCAGCUGCAUACCUGUGUACCCUCUCACCACUAGAUUACUGGUUAUAUUCAAGUACUCAGCAGCAACACAAAUGUGCAUGGCUUUAUGUGCCAUCUUGGCUCAUUUCACCUUUCCUCUUCCCUCCCCUGAUGUUCUCCCCAGGUCUGAAUUCAGCUGGACUGUUCAUUGACCGCUAUGCAGACCACCUGGAGCAGCUCGACCUCGCUCCUUUGCUAAAUUUUGCCCCCCUGCAGGACAUGCUCAUAGAGAAGUUUGGGACCAUGCCUGAGUUUUUUAGCAGCCGAGGCUUGACUCUAACGGAGUACCUAAAGCAGGCCCCUCCCCAGGAAAUGAGGCUGUUUAUCUGGACUCUGGAGGAGCACAGAGACCAGUACACCACCUGCCACACUGUGCUGGAUUACUAUUUUGAAAUAAUGGGUAAGCGUUUCGACCCGCACACAUUCCUUACCAGGGGAAAGGUGCCCUUGAAGCUACAAUUUGAGUACGUUUUGCUGCUGUUGUGUUUUGGUUCCUGUUUCCAGCCAUAUUAACUUAACUGUUUCCACAUCUUUCAGAUGGGGAUUGUUUAGUGAUUAAAAAGACGGCGAUUGAAAAUGAAAUUGUAAGUAUUGAUUAUUGGAUGCCACACUUUUUUUAAGCCAACUUUGUCUUUUAGUGUUGCGUUUGAACUAAGGCAUAAUAUACUAAUAAUCGAAACCCUCAUUUCAUUUCAGAAUUCCCCUAUUAAGACUAGGAACAGAAACCGCAAAAAGAAGCAGAAGGAGCCAAAGGGGGUGAGCGUUAUGACUUAGGCUGCUGUUACACGAUGCAACUUGCAUGCAAUUUUAGGUUGCUUGCAACGGAAUUGCUUCUUUAUUGCUUCGUGAAACACCCCCCUGCAACUUGGUUGCAUCUAGUUGUAACUUCACAUUUUUGCAACUAGUUGCAAGCAACAGCUAAUUAAAACAAACACUUUUGUCACAUGAUCCAUUCGAAGGUUCGGAAUUCUGACCCAGUUGUCAUGUCAACACAGCUGUCAGUGCUGUGCAGCACAACCCGUGAUCAGGGUUGACAGAACAGAGACUGGCACAACAGGAGAUGUAUACAAAUUAUUGUACAUGGUUUAGCAGUCAAUAAGUGUAAUUUUGAAGUGAACCCAAACCUCUCCCUAACCAGUUUCAACUGAAAUUGUCCACCAUGAACUGUGCUAGCUAGCUUAGUUCGUUGCUAACUUGGUUAGCUGUUGUACAGGCUGCAUUUCUUCUAUAUCCUUGCUGUUAGAAUAACCAAACAGUUGGAUAAACAACUCAUUUGUGAAACCAUGAUGUAAUGCAGCAGAUCACAUGGGGUGAGUUUAGAAUUCUCAAAAUAGAAGCUUCAAUUUGAUUGGAUGUUGGAUGCAAUUUUAAUUGUGUUUGAGUUGCUUCAUGUAACAGCAAAGUUGUUUUGAGAUGUCACUUGCAACCUUUAACUAAAAUUGCAUGAAAAUUGCUUUGUGUAACUCCAGCCUUAAACCUAGAGAAAUGUAGGCAAUUGUGUGUUUUCUGGACAUCAAUCUAAUUGUAUUUUAUUUUCUGUUUCUUAGUCGGUUAUUGUGCUGUCGGGAAUGAGAGGUGGUACCUCAAGAGAGGAGGACGAAGAGGAUUUUUUAGACGACUCUUUGUAAGUUGUCUAUUCUGUAGAACACUGUCUUCAUUAAGUCUGCCCAUUGACAACCCCCAGCUUGUUCUCACCAGCUCAUCAUUUUUCUCGGCAGAAUGUUCUUUGACUCCAGUGACCCAUUCAGCAUUCCCGAUCAUCUUCGAAAUCAGGUGGCAGAGUUUGAGGGACAGUACAACAAUGGCAGCCGCAGUAGCCACUACAAUAGAAUAUUGGACAACAACCCCGACCCGACUAAGGAGAGUUUGUACGAGUAAGUGCCUCUGGUAUUUCUCCUUUGGGUAUUGGACAACAGGGUCUUGGUCUGCUAUAAAUGUGUGUGUUAUAACCUGUAUCAAUGACUCAUGAGGAUGCACAAGUCCAAGCAAUGACCUGAAGGAUUGGUUGUGUUUUCAUUGUGUAUUCAGAUAUCAUGCUGAUCCAUAUGUGUAUGGACUCUGGCUCCUAUAACCUGUAAGUCUGUCUUUCCUCCCAGCUACUUUGCCCAGAUCCUGGAGGAGUACGGUCCCCUAGGGGCCCAGGACCCCUUGCUGGUGGGUGAGCUGAACAACUUCCCCUCUGACGCCCAGCAGAAGAUCCAGGAGGCAGGCGGCCUUGAGCCCUUCCUUCUCGAGUCGCUGCGCUUCGUCAGGACUGACAACCUCCUGGGCCUCAUGAAGCACGCUGUGUCACUGCAGGAUGCCAACACUCACAGAAUGGACGAUCUGGACUUCAUAGGGGAUAUCCCCAAUGGACUCUCUCUAAACCCUUCUGCUAUGGAGUUCCUCCCAAACUCUCAUGACUCUGGACCUAGGGAUUAUGAUGAAGAGCCUUUUGCCAACAUUCAUGUGCAGCCUAACCUGGUUGAAGUCUGUGGCUAUCUUCAAGGGAUCCCCACUCUCCCCAGCCCGUAUAUUUUCCCUGCCUUUGGCUCUCAAGCUGCCCCACCUGCCAACGGAAUAGCAGGUGCCAUUGAAACUCUGAGAGCGGAGGACAAGUCAUAUAAUAACCAUGAUCCGGAUAACCUUGAGGAUUUUGACCUUGAUAUUAGAGACGUGGAUGAACAGGGAUUGUUGGAGGCUGUUUAUGCUCCCGUUCGCGGUGCCAAGGCACCUGGAAAGACUGCAGUGGAAGUACAGGUGGGGAAUUGUCCUCACUUCAUUUUGAAGGUUUCUAAGAUCACCGAUCACAAGGCCAAGUGUAAUGUCUAGUGUUUUUUUCUUCUUGUAUAGGUAUUAACUUGUGACACCUUGAGUGAAGUGGCUGUUAACACAGAGCCUUAUGAGCCUUUUGAAGGGAAUAAUGUGAGUUUUGAAUACCUAAUAAGCCUUUAUCUUUGCACCUAAUACAUUAUUGUACUCUAUCAAAUUGAGCUUUUGAUAUUAUGCCGUUUUCCACGCUCCAGGGAGACAUGAACAAGAAAGAGAAGAGUAAUGCAGAGUUUGAACAGCAGAUCCAGCAAAUGGUGCAGGAUUACGGCGCUGUGAAGCAAAGACGCCAAAAGGAGAUAUCUGCCCUAGAAGGAGAGCAAGAGGAAAUCAACCAUUCAAUACAGGUAGGGAAGGGUUUCUCCAAAACUGGUGUCUGGAAGGCUCGGGGUGAAGUUUCCCUAGGUAGAGAUCUAGUAUCAGCUUCCCCAAUCCUAACCUUAACCAUUAGUGGGGUAAUGUAAAACUGACCCAAGAUCAGUGUCUAUGGGCAACACUUCACCCUACUUCUGUCUGGAAGAAGGGAGUUGAAACAAUGUGCUGUUUUAGUGUGGGCGGAAGACCUCCAUGAUGUUUUGCCCAGUGACUGAAAGUGUUUUGUGUUCCAGGUCACCCAUAAAGAGCUGGGCUUGUUCCAGCAGAAGCUGGAGGAGGAGGUGAAGAAGGACCAACAGGAGAAGAAAGAGAAUCAGGAAAUACUGAAGGCCUUAAAGACUGAGAUAAAGGAGCUGGCGGAGUCACAGGAGAGGUAUGGCCGAGGCUGUCUAGCCCUGCCCUGUAAAUAUCCAAAUGGGCACCAUGGGUGAACAUCAAAGGGACCUUUUAACAUGAUUGACAUUCGAGUCAUUGAUAGAUGCACAUUUGGUUGCGUCUAUAUAUAGUACCAGUCAAAAGUUUUGGGACACCUACACAUUCAAGGGUUUUUCUUUAUUUGUACUAUUUGUUACAUUGUAGAAUAAUAGUGAAGACAUCAAAAUUAUGAAAUAACACAUCAUGGAAUCAUGUAGUAACCAAAAAAGUGUUAAACAAAAAAUUCAGAACUUGUUUUUGCUUUGUCAUUGGGUAUUGUGUGUAGAUUGAUGAGGGAAAAAACGAUUUAAUCCAUUUUUAGAAUAAGGCUGUAACGUAACAAAAUGUGGAAAAAGUCAAGGGGUCUGAAUACUUCCCAAAUGCACUAAAAUAAAGGGAGCAAACUAAAAUAAAGAUGAUCAUUAAUUUAGCUAAUAUUUCCCCAGCCUAAUUGUUAUUAAAUAUCCAAAUGGAGAUUCGGUGAAAACCAAAAUCUGACAUUGAUUGAUUUAGCUAGACGAGCGACCGUAGUAAAUUCGUUUUUACUUUCAAUAUUCGGAGUUCGCUCGUCAAUAGCUCUCCGACGGAAGGUCCUAGGAUGAUGGUGGUGAUAUAUCUAGAAUCAGAUGAUGGUAGAGAGAAAGGUACAACCUUUGUUUUUACCGAUGGUCGAACUGUUCCCGCAACAGAGCCGAAAAGGAGGCGAUAUGCUGAUUUCUGGAGCUCAGGUGGUUUAGGGACCUUCAUAAAAGUGCAAUAUCGGUGAUUGCGUGUAAGCAAGAAAUAUACACUACCCGUCAAAAGUUUGGACACACCUACUCAUUGAUGGGUUUUUCUUUAUUUUUACUAUUUUUUACAUUGUAGAAUAAUAGUGAAGACAUCAAAAUUAUGAAAUAACACAUCAUGGAAUCAUGUAGUAACCAAAAAAGUGUUAAACAAAUCAAAAUAUAUUUUAUAUUUGAGAUUCUUCAAAUAGCCGCUCUUUGCCUUGAUGACAGCUUUGCACACUCUUGGCAUUCUCUCAACCAGCUUUACCUGGAAUGCUUUUCCAACAGUCUUGAAGGAGUUCCCACAUUUUGAGCACUUUUUGGCUGCUUUUCCUUCACUCUGCCGUCCGACUCAUCCCAAACCAUCUCAAUUGGGUUGAGGUGGGGGGAUUGUGGAGGCCAGGUCAUCUGAUGCAGCACUCCAUCACUCUCCUUCGUGGUCAAAUAGCCCUUACACAGUCUGGAGGUGUGUUGGGUCAUUGUCCUGUUGAAAAACAAAUGAUAAGACCAAACUAGAUGGGAUGGCGUAUCGCUGCAGAAUGCUGUGGUAGCCAUGCUGGUUAAGUGUGCCUUGAAUUCUAAAUAAAUCAUAGUAUCACCAGCAAAGCACCCCCACACCAUAAUACCACCUCCUCCAUGCUUUGCGGUGGGGACUACACAUGCAGAGAUAAUCCGUUCACCACACCGCGUCUCACAAAGACACGGCAGUUUGAACCAAAAAUCUCAAAUUUGGACAUUUCCACCGGUCUAAUGUCCAUUGCUCAUGUUUCCUGGCCGAAGCAGGUCUCCUCUUCUUAUUGGUGACCUUUAGUAGCGGUUUCUUUGCAGCAAUCUGACCAUGAACGCCUGAUUCAUACAGUCUCCUCUGAACAGUUGAUGUUGAGAUGUGUCUGUUACUUGAACUCUGUGAAGCAUUUAUUUGGGCUGCAAUUUCUGAGGCUGGUAACUCUAAUGAACUUAUUCUCUGCAGCAGAGGUAACUCUGGGUCUUCCAGUCCUGUGGCGGUCCUCAUGAGAGCCAGUUUCAUCAUAGCGCUUUAUGGUUUUUGCGACUGCACUUGAAACUUUUUCAAAGUUCUUGAAAUGUUGCGUAUUGACUGACCUUCAUGUCUUAAAGUAAUGAUGGACUUUCGUUUCUCUUUGCUUAUUUGAGCUGUUCUUGCCAAAAUAUGGACUUAGCCCUAUUUGGUAAAAUACCAUCUUCUGUAUACCCCCCUACUUUGUCACAACACAACUGAUUGGCUCAAAUGCAUUAAGAAGGAAAGAAAUUCCACAAAUUAACUUUAAGAAGGUACACCUGUUAAUUGAAAUGCAUUCCAGGUGACUACCUCAUGAAGCUGGUUGAGAGAAUGCCAAGCGUAUGCAAAGCUGUCAUCAAGGCAAAGGGUGACUACUUAGAAGAAUUUCAACUAUAAAAUAUACUUUUUUUUUUACCACUUUUUGGGUUACUACAUGAUUCCUUAUGUGUUAUUUCAUAGUUUUGGUGUCUUAUCUAUUAUUCUACAAUGUAAAAAUAAAGAAAACCCCUUGAAUGGGUAAGGGUGUCCAAACUUUUGACUGGUAGUGUAGGUGUGAGUGACGAAAACUUUGAUUCAAUUUUUUUGGUUCAUUUUGUUUUUAUCUUCCACAGCAUUUCUAAGAACAUCCACGAGAAGAACAAGGAGUAUGAGACACAGCUGAAUAAUUUCCUGGUGCUGAGGCAUGUUAUGUUUUUAAACACACAGCAGCAUCACAACACCUGCAGUGGUUUCACAUGCAUCCUAAUGAGUGGCAUUAACUCUUCUGAGCAUUGUGCUGCUGGUGUGCUAAAUGUGCAGUGAUUCUUUCCCACAGUAACCAGUCAGCUGCUGAGAAGAUGAGCCUGGAGGAUGAGAUCAAGCGGUGCAGAGACCUGUGUGCCAAGGCAACUAGGAGGUCUCGGGGAGCAGAGGUAUGUGGGUUGAAUGUGUAUGUUAAGAUACUUGCAUGUUCCUCAGAAUUCUUAGGCAGAGGUGUCUGUUAGCGUGGGUAGUGAGUGUUUCUCAUACCAUUGGUGCGCUAACAUUCUUUCCCAACUGACUGACUUCCUGUUCCCUAGCUGUCUAAAUUGGAGAACCGGCGUAGCCGCGGACUGCGCUGCCUCUACAGGUCUCUGUCUGAUGCCAGGGCCAUCCUGGCCAAACUCAAGGAAGUGGCUCCCAGGUAGGUGUUGGUAACACUAACCACAGGGCAGACUGAGGCCCCAUAGAUUCAAUUGCAUGCUGUCACCAGAACCAGUUUAGCAGUUUCAAUAUCUUAUCUCAUUCAUCCUCCUCAGAUUCCCUUCCCAAAUUCUCCAGUCAGCCACAGAUGCUUGGAUAGCAUGUGUUCAAGAAGCAGAGGAGAAAAUCCACUCAACUGAGGUACAAAAGAACAAUACUAACAAACACUGAUUCAACUAUUGGGAUGCCAUUUCCAAUGUGACUAUUACAAAAGACCUUGGACCAGAAAUUGGACAUAAGGUGCACAGGCUUUUGUGAAGGCUGGUCCGGGUGUGUGUGUGUGACAGCUUUGUUGUCCUCCUCCACAGGCACAGUACCAGGAUCAGAUAGAACAGGUGAAGAGGGGGACCAGGCUGUGCACUCUGCCCCCAGUUGCAGUCCCCAGCGCCCCCCGGCCCCCACCUGUACCGGUAAGAUGCAGCAUAACCGGGCCUACUUUAAGUUUAGCAAAGGUUUACAUUUGCUGAUGUCUUUAUUUUGUUGUCCAUUCUGACGAAAAUGGCAUGUUAGUUAGCUCAGCAUCCUAUGUCAUGGGUUUAUUUAAUACAAUUGUAAGAGGGCUAUUGUGACCUAGCGACUUGCUUUGAAACGGCAUUGGCUAUUCUCAGCCUAUACCUUGAAGUUGUUUGUCAAAUGAGUGAGGCCUGUGUGUGGUGUGACCCCCCCCCUGCUUCUCCCAGAUCUGCUCUGUCCCAGAGGAAGACCCAUCCCUGGUACCCCUCUGCCUCCCCUACCCCGUCCCCUCCAUUGGCCCUCCCCCGGGCCUGAGCUUUCCCCUAGUGGCGCCAGGCUUGAGAUACAGUGCAGGCUUCACACAGCAGGCAGAACAUGUUCUGGGGCUCCACUUCCCCAUCAGAGGGUCCCUGGGGCCAGAGCAGGUAGCUAGCUAGAGGAGGCAGAGCAGCUCUGUCAAGGAAGGGGAGAGAUGUUGCUUUUAUUUGGGGCAGGCCACAAUCUAUUCAAUGUUGCUUGAAAAAGACUUAGAGAGCUAGCUAGGAACAGCACAAACCUUAACAUGUUCUGGGGCUCCACUUCCCCAUCAGAGGGUCCCUGGGGCCAGAGCAACACCAGGGUUGUGGGUUCGAUUCCCACGGGGGGCCAGUAUAAAAAAAAAUAUGUAUUCACUAACUGUAAGUCGCUCUGGAUAAGAGCGUCUGCUAAAUGACUAAAAUGUAAAUGUAAAAUGUUAACUUUCUAUAUUAUAUGUCAGUUUGUCAAGGUGUUUCGGAACAUUUCCGUCGUAUUCUCUGUCAAGUUGUCUUAUUAACCGGCUCCCACUCUAUCUCAGAUGCUGUUCCCACCCCAGGUUCACCAGCAGCUCCCUUGCCACCCAGUGCACAUAAGAGUCCCCCUCUAUGGUCACCCGGGGUUGCCUAGAGCCCCUCCGGCCCCAGCCAUGGCUCAGAAUGUUGCACUGCCCUCCAGUAUGGCUGGAGCUCCAACUAGUGCUACCACUAACCAUCCUAUCACGAGGCCACCUCAGCAGAACCAGGCUUCCAGGCCACAGGCCCCACAGCCCACCAAUGUGUACGAUAGAAUCGUAGACCGGCUCAACGUCAUGUUCCCUCACUAUAGCAGGUAACAGACACGCGCACACACAAAUGGGUAUGAUGGGUGUAUGAGCGCUCUAGUAUUCAAUACUGGUUUGACAUUUCAGGCCUGUGCUGUCCAAGUUCAUUGGGGAGAUGCGCACGGCCAACAGAGGCUGCCUGAACUCCCUGUCCUACCAGGAGGUCAUCAACAGAGUGGCCCAGCUUAUCCUGGACCACCAGGACUCCACCAGGGUAAGAUCCCCAAAGUAACCUGCACCAAGGACUAGGACCAUACUACACCUGUUGGCAAAUGUCUUCAUACUUGCUCUAGAUCUGUGUCCCCUCUAUCAGGGAUGAUCUUUAUCAAGAUGUACGUGGUCCUCUGUAGCUCAGCUGGUAGAGCACGGCGCUUGUAACGCCAAGGUAGUGGGUUCGAUCCCCGGGACCACCCAUACACAAAAAUGUAUGCACGCAUGACUGUAAGUCGCUUUGGAUAAAAGCGUCUGCUAAAUGGCUUAUUAUUAUUAUUAUUAUUAUUAUUAUACAUUUACAUUUUAGUCAUUUAGCAGACGCUCUUAUCCAGAGCGACUUACAUUAUUUUUUUAUUUAUUUUUUUCAUACUGGCCCCCCGUGGGAACUACAAGGGAUCUCAAUCCAAGUAUCUUGAAUGGUAGCGUCAAUUGAAAAUGGAUGAUGUCCUCAUUCACAUUUACUCCUAGGUUAGAAUAUGCCCACAACUGUUGGCUUCCAUAUGAACUGUAACACCUGUGGUGUGUGUGUGUGUGUGUGUGUCCAGGAGCAGCUGAGCAGUGCAGGUAGAGGUGACACUGCUGGGACCCCUUCGCGCUCCGACUCACCAGGCUCCGUCCACUCCACCGGACCCCACGUCUGGAAGAGCGUGGGUGCCCAAGGACACUCCAAGUCGAAGGCGGUGAGUUCAGCUCGCACUUCACACACUGACUCAGUCACACACAGUAAUCACAGCAGGGCUCGACGCUCCUGGUCAGACAAUAACAUGAAUGUACAGAUGCAGAAGAGGUCAAACUCAAGUCGAAGCCUAAAUAUAGUGUAUUAAUGGUAGGGUUUGCUGUUGUGUACUACAAUACUUUUGAUUGGUGUAUGUGCAUCUUGUACAGUUGAACAUGGAGGAUCCCUGUAUCAUCUGCCAUGAUGACAUGUCCCAGGAGGACUUGUGUGUGCUGGAGUGCAGACAUAGCUUCCACACAGAGGUAAGGCCACUUCCAUCACACCCAUAAGUAGUCUGCAACUGAGUUUGCCCAGCGCUUUCGUCUAUGGCCCUGUGGUUAUUUAGGGCUAGUAGGACACAGGAACUGGGAAUUCCUGUUCUUUCACUCGGGAUUGGUUUGAUGGUCAGUCUAAUUUCCUCUCCCCUUCUCUCUCUAGUGUAUUAAGUCGUGGCUGAAGGAGCAGAGCACCUGUCCCACCUGCAGAGAGCAUGCUCUCCUGCCCGAGGACUUCCCUCUGCUGCCCGGCAGAAUACGCAGGGGCCACACGCCUGCUGCCUUCUCUUAAACACCCCCAGCUACCUACCCUGAACCCCUAACCCUCCCUUAUGUCCAAUACCUAAACUCCAAACACAAAUUGUUUCCCAUUAUAUGGUCAACUGCUCCAUUCUAUAAUAAAGGCUUCUGUCAAAUGUGCAUGUGGAGAGAAAUAAAUUGGACCAAAGUAAAGUGUGAUUAACCAGUUAUCCAUCUGGCUCCCUACUAUGAUUAUAUAUUCUAUUGGUUUAUACUGUAUCAUGCAAGGAAUGUUUUAGCUUUUUUAUUUAGCUUCUAUCGUAUCAGCCAUUAUAAUGCUGAAGUGUGUAGACUUCCAUGUUUGCCUUAGACAAUGUUUGACUGUUAAAUCUGUUCAUAAGCAUUCAUCACAGCGCUGUUGUCAUUAGACACAUUCUUCUGUAAGGAAUUGUUUAGUUGGUCGCAAUUAUUAUUAUUUUUUUUACAUUAAGUUUGGUUAUGGGUUCAGCUAAUUCUUAAGUCUUAAGGCUCUUGUGCCUGGUGUAAUAAAGUUUGAUUGGCAGUUACUUUGUGUGAAGCUGUUUGAAAAGUUGGAACUGGAGGAUAGAAAACCAACUUUGUCACUGCAAUUUUAAAAACAUUUGCCAAAUGUUUGUAUGAUUCAUUUUAAGAUAACUAUUUUAAUUAAAAUAUCUGGCAGACUUGUUGAUUUCAAAUGUUAUGCUGUUUGUAGUUGGAAGCAGUCAGUCAUGGCCUGAAGGAUUUUCCUGAGAAAACAACUGCUGUCUCAUCUGUUGCAAUGUCAAGUCUUCCCUUUUCCCUAAGAUCUGUUUUAACCAAACUCAUGGCUUUCAGUUUGUUUUUAACGAGACCCCUACAACUGUUCCCUACCAGAUAAAAAGCAUGUGAUUCCUUCUGUUCAUGGACUGUGAAGUCAGGUACACUAUAUAUAUAUAUAUAUAUAUA